GGUAGAGGAAGUAAACUUAAUACUGAGAAUUAUACAUAGUGGCUGAUUUGAAAGUAUUUAUUUACUAUGAAGCUCAUUUAAACAUAACAUGCUACACACAGUCCUACCUGUAUUUCAUAUAAUUGGCCAGCAGGAUAUGAUCAGUGGAUAAUUACUUUUUCUUUUUUCUUCUAAGUUGCAGUUGAAGUACCAGGCUGGUGUACUUAUGUACUGUUCAAAGAAAUGUUCAAAGGAUAUUUCUCUGGUGUCUUGGCCAAUUUUAAUCUUUUAACCAACAUGAUUUUUAAAAAAGUUUGUUUAUUUAAUUGCUUCUGCAGGGAUGAUUGUAUCUUUCUUAUGAACCCAGAAGAAAUGUGCUUUCUGAUUUACAAGAAAACAUAACAGAAGAAAUUUCACUUUUUUGGGUCAAUUUUUGGCAAAUUUUGUUUGGUGCUAAAGGAACUAAAUUUCAAAGUGGAGUAUAAGCAAUUGCUACUAAAUCAUACCUCUUCUUCAGCAGUCCCUCAGGAUUGAGGACGCUUGUUUCACUUCUGUCUUCUAGGUUCUGAGAGAGUUAAUGUGAUCAAUGUCAGAACCACAGACUCUUCCAUGGGACGGGCAAGUGGCAGGUUGGUAGUUUGCCAGAUGGAACUACCUACGCAUACCUAGGGCCACUGUGCAUGCUCUGUAUGGAUGACCUUGAACUUUUGAAUACCAUUCUGAAUGCUCCUCUUCUUUCAGUAGCCAUGGACCAGAGGUUUCCGAAAAUCUGAGAAUGUAUUGCGUUUCUUCAAGGAAGCUUUUAUUGUUGCGUGAGUGAGUCACUGGAGAAGAAGUACUAGUAGACAUGAAGCACUGUCUUUAUUCUGCAAAAUAUCACAAAUGAGCUGACAGCUUUUGAAGUCACGAGUUGGAAGAAAGAGAGAUACCCUUUCAAGGUCUGCUUGGUCAAGGACUCCAUAACACUUUAUAUGCUAAAGAUCAAAGAAAAAUUCAGGACAAUUCAAACAAAUCCAUAUUUACAAUGCUUCCUUUGAACCACAUGCAAACGUUUCAAAUCUCUGGAUCUUCACACUAUCACACCCAUAAUAAGUGUUAAUUACUGUCAUAUCCAUGCAAUGGGAUGUUGCUUAGACUCUGGCAUAUGUAGAUAAUCAACUAAGUGCCUGUUUCCUGGCACUAUGUCAACAAUUGCAUUGGUGCGGCUUCCUGCACACAUGCAGAGCUCGUCAAUUUCAUCAACUUUGCCUCCAACUUCCACCCUGCUCUCAAACUUACCUGGUCCAUUUCCUCCCCUUUCUUGAUCUCUCUGUCUGUCUCUGGAGACAGGUUAUCUACUGAUGCCUAUUAUAAACCAUUGACUCCCGCAUUUACCUGGACUAUACCUCUUCCUAUCCUAUUACUUGUAAAACCACCAUCUCCUUCUCUCAAUUCCCCCAUCUCUGCGGCAUCGGCUCUCAGGAUGAGGGUCUUCAGUCCAGAACAAAGGAGGUGGCUUCCUUCUUCAAAGAAAGGGGCUUCCCUUCCUCCACUAUCAACGGUGAACUCAACCACAUCUCUUCUGUUUCGUCAUUUUGUGUAAGUCUACCCUCAUUCCAUUGUCCUGCCAACCCACCAGGGAUAGAGUUCCUCUUGUCCUCACCUACUAUCCCACCAGCCUCCGUGUCUAGCACAUAACUCUCUGUAACUUCCAUCAUCUCCAAUAUGUUCCCACCAUUACGCACAUCUUCCCCCCCCCCCCCACUUUCUACUUUAACGUUUUCAUGGUUUAUUGUUUUACAACAUUGAACCACAGCGGAUUUAAUUUGGCUUUAUUGACACUGAUCAACAGAAAACAACUCUUUCAUGUCAAAGUGAAAACAGAUCUCUACAAAGUGAUCUAAAUUAACUCUAAAUAUAAAACACAAAAUAAUUGAUUGCAUAAGAUUUCACCCCAUUUAAUAUGACACACCGAAUCAUCACUGCUGCAGCCAAUUGGUUUUAGAAGUCACAUAAUUUGUUAAAUGGAGAUCACAUGUGCAGUCAAGGUGUUUCAACUGAUAGAAUUAAACACACCUGUACCUGGGAGGUCCAACUGCUGGGGAGUCAGUAUCCUGGCAAAAACUACACCAUGAAGACAAAAGAACACUCCAAGCAACUCUGCAAAAAGGUUAUUGAAAAGCACAAGUCGGGAGAUGGAUACAAGAAAAUUUCUAAGUCACUGAUUAUCCCUCGGAGGACAGUGAAGUCAAUCAUCUAGAAAUGGAAAGAAUAUGGCACAGCCGUAAAUCUGCCUAGAGCAGGCUGUCUUCAAAAACUGAGUGAUCGUGCAAGAAGGGGGCUAUUGAGGGAGGCCACCCAGAGACCUUGUGGCAUGUGGGUGACUCUGAAGUCAGCUGGAAGAUGACGCUAUGGUGUAAUGAAACCAAAAUUGAGCUUUUUGGCCAUCAGACUAAACACUAUGUUUGGCAAAGCCAAACACUGCACGUCAUCAAAAAUGCAGCAGGCCCUGGAAGGCUUGUGAAUUAGAGGGUAAAAUGAAUGCAGCAAAAUAUGGGGAAAUCCUGGAGGAAAACCUGAUGCAGUCUGCAAGAAAACUGAGACCUGGGAGAUGAGGCAGCAACUCUAGGAAGAGGUACAGUUGACGUUUUGGGCCGAGGCCCUUUGUCAGGACUAACUGAAAGAAGAGCUAGUAAGAGAUUUGAAAGUGGGAGGGAAAGAGGGCCUCGUUUGAAGAAUCGGAGAGAAGUUCUGUACCCCUGGGGCCCCAGGAGGUUCUUCAGAAGUCAAGCAGGGUGGAGAAAGAAGAAGUCUAAAAGAUAGUUCUGUGAGAAGUUUAAUGACCUCAUGUGCAUAGUCAAGUUAAAUUAAGAUAUCUUCAAAACUCAUCUUCCACAAACUUCACCAACCUUUGCUUCAUGCAAUAGACCCCAUUACUGAUUUACCCACCAUCUCAAUUAUCAGAUUUCAUCCCAACAUGAAUAUACCAAACAAAUCUCAACAUUAUUCCAAGUCUAAUAAUUACAUCUCAGAUUCUAUCCAGUUUGCACCAGGAGAUAGUUUCUUCCCAUAGAAUGCAGCUCUACAAAACCCUGGCAUUACUGUAAUAUCUGUGUUCAUGCCGUCAGGUUGGACGCUACCGAGAUGGAAAAUGAGGUGUUGUCCCGCACCUUGAGGGGCCUCGUUGUGGCAAAAGAGGAGGCCAUGGACCGACAUGUCAAAAUGGGGUUGGGAAUUAAAAUAUUUGGCCUCUGGGAAAUGUCGCUUGCAGCGGAUGGUUCGGUUAUGCUCGACGUAGAGUCUCACCAAUGUAGAGGAGCUCGGGAGUGGCGGACACAAUAGGCUACCCCAGCAGAUUCGCGGGUAAAGUGUUGCCUCAGUCUGGCUUCCUGAAUGGGCAGGUGUAGCAGUUAGUCCGCUUGCUGGGAGGGUCGAACGGACAAGAGAAUCACGCAGGGAGCGAUCCCUGCGGAAAGGGGAUAGGAGGGAGGGUGGGGGUAAAGAUAUGUUUCGAGAUAAGAAAACCCUCGGGAGAUGGCGUAAGUUGCGGAGGAUAACGCGUGUUGGGUGCGAAGUUUCAGUGGAAAAUAGGUUGUCCCUUAAUAUCAACGCAUACAACAUUCUGGAGGAGCUCAGUAGGUCAAGCAGCAUCUAUGGAGGAAAAUGAGGAGUUGACAUUUCAGGCCGAGACCCUUCGUCAAGAUUGCGUCCUCAACGCUGCCCGCCGAGGAGGGUGACCCGGAAACGCUGCCGGGGCCGGGGCCGGGGCCAGCUGCAUGACCCGGAAACGCUGCCGGCCAGUGACACUGCGGGUGGACCAUGGUGUCGAGUGGCCCGUGGUGUCUGGUGGUCCGUGAUGAUGGCCCCGAGUGGCGGCAGCAGGAGGAGGGACGUUUCCUUCUCAAUUUCCAGCGGUUGUUUUUCGCUAUGUGCCGGCCGGACAGCUUCCCCAUGGCGGAGCUUGAAGACAGGUUGAGGAAUAACCGAAAUCCUACUUUAUUGCACCAGAUUUUGCGGCAGACAGUACUGCAUCCUCUUUGCAAAAAAUAUCCUCCAUCGGUGAAGUACAGAAGAUUUUUUCUAUCUGAGCUGAUUAAAAAGCAUGAAGCAACAGGUGCUGAGUCUCUGGAUGAUUUGUAUAAUGCACUGGGUGAAGUACUGAGGUCAGAAGAUUCACCAAUAUGUUACAAGAACUACUUUUUGUUGUCAGGAGAGAACAUUACACUUGCUGAAAAGGUGGCAAUGAUCUCUGAAGGAACUACUGGUCUGGUCACGUGGGAAGCUGCGUUGUACUUUGCAGAAUGGGCCAUGGAAAACCCUGAAGUGUUUAAUUGCAGGACCGUUUUGGAGUUGGGUAGUGGAAUUGGUCUCACAGGAAUUGCCAUUUGCAAGACUUGCAACCUGAAACGGUACACCUUCAGUGACUACCAUUCUAAUGUACUUAAGCAACUCAGGAAGAAUAUUAUUAGAAACAAUCUGCAGAUAGAUUCUGGCAUCUGGAAUACAAAAGACUGUGAAGUGGAAGUCGACAGUAACAAUGGAUCUGAAGAAAUCCAAAGACCAAAAGUUGCCAUUGUUCGGUUGGAUUGGGGAGCAAUUACACAAGAACAGGCCUCAGAGCUUCAGUCGGAUAUUAUUAUUGCAACAGAUAUAAUUUAUGAUCCUGAGGUCGUCCUCUGCUUAGUUUCUGCACUGGAGAACCUUCUUGUUGCUACAACUAGUGGAAAGAUGAAAACAAGUACUGUUGUAUAUUUGGCAUCCACCAUACGUAAUCCAGAGACAUAUCACCAAUUCAAAGUGGAACUAGGUAAAAUUGGAAUUAAGUAUCAAACGAUGAAAGGACCUGCUACAGAGCUGUUUCCAUAUAACAGAUGUACAAAAAUAGAGUUGCUUAAAUUAUAUUAUGGAACUUAAUGUCCAAAAUGCUGGAAACAAAAUUAAAU